GCGGGGUGCCCUAACAACCCGCGGAGCCACCGGUCUCUCCCCUCCCCCGAGAGAGUGGCGGCGGGCCUCACGCCCUCACGUACAAAAGCAGCGUGCGCUCACCGCCGCUGCACACCCACCUCUCCGAGCCCCAGGCUUCGCCCCAACCCUAGCCCCGUAGGGAGGCAAUCAAACAGAGCGAACCAGCCCGCCGCCAUGGCCGUCUCCGAGAGCUCGCGGGAUGCGCUGCUCCCCAGCUUCCUCUACGCGGCCCCGGCCGCGUCCUCCCAUUCCCCAUUUGCGGCCGCAGCUGGCGUGGGCGGCAGCCCUGUCGCCGCGCCGUCGGCGGCCGCGGGCCCCGCGGUGUGGGCGCGGGCGCCGAGCGAGCCGAGCAGGAGGAUCGAGAUGUACUCGCCGGCGUUCUACGCUGCGUGCACCGCCGGCGGCAUCGCCAGCUGCGGGCUCACGCACAUGGCCGUCACGCCGCUCGACCUCGUCAAGUGCAACAUGCAGAUAGAUCCAGCCAAGUACAAGAGCAUCUCAUCUGGGUUUGGUGUUCUAUUGAAAGAGCAAGGAGCGAGGGGUUUCUUCAGGGGAUGGGUACCUACCCUUCUUGGAUACAGUGCGCAAGGCGCGUGCAAGUUUGGCUUCUACGAGUUCUUUAAGAAGUAUUACUCCGACAUUGCUGGUCCUGAGUAUGCAGCCAAGUACAAGACUUUGAUUUACCUUGCGGGAUCUGCUUCGGCUGAGGUCAUUGCAGAUGUUGCCCUCUGCCCUAUGGAGGCUGUGAAGGUCCGUGUGCAGACACAGCCCGGCUUUGCGAGAGGUUUAUCUGAUGGUCUCCCGAAGUUUGUGAAAGCUGAAGGCUAUGCUGGACUGUAUAAAGGAAUUGUUCCACUCUGGGGCCGACAAAUUCCUUACACUAUGAUGAAAUUUGCCUCUUUCGAGGCUGUUGUUGAGAUGAUCUACAAGUACGCAAUCCCUGCCCCCAAGAGCGAGUGCAGCAAGCCUCUCCAACUUGGAGUGAGCUUCGCAGGUGGCUACAUUGCUGGAGUGUUCUGUGCAAUUGUUUCUCACCCAGCUGACAACCUCGUUUCCUUCCUCAACAAUGCUAAGGGGGCAACUGUCAGCGAUGCUGUGAAGAAGAUCGGUCUGGUUGGGCUUUUUACACGUGGGCUCCCUUUGCGUAUCGUGAUGAUCGGUACCCUUACCGGAGCCCAGUGGGGUAUCUAUGACGCAUUUAAAGUCAUGGUUGGACUGCCAACUACAGGUGGCGUUGCUCCAACACCUGCUGCCGCUGGAGAGCGGUUGGAGGCUAAGGCCUGAUUCUACACUACCAUAUUUCUAACAACAUUUUUUGCGCCAUCCUGGAUGAGAUGACCAAAUAGCUCACCAUUCCCUGUCUUAGGAGCAAUUUGUUAAUUCUUUAGGAACGCUUAAUUGCGUGCCUGCUAAAAUCCGAGAUGAGCUGCAAGCUCCAUACUCGGUACUAAUUAGAAGACGAGACAUUUAGGAACAUAUUUAGUAGAUGACCGUCAGGUGCAUUAUGAUUGCUAUGGAAACCAUGGCAUCCUUUUCUUUUUCUCAUGUCACGAUUUUGGAAGUAAAAAAAAAUGUAGUGCUGCCUUGAUCAAAGGUAGCUUUUGCUGGUUUGA